AUGGAUCCAAACAAAAUAGAUGUUAGCCGUCUCGAAUCACUUCCGGAAGAUCUCCUUGGUGUUAUAGUAAGGAAGCUCGGUGCGACAGACACAACAACUUACCACUUCUGCCUCCGCUCAUGCAAAAAAUUGGGCGCAACAGCCCACGAUGAACGUGUCUGCACAACCGUCAACCUGGCUCCACUGGUCAAGCGGCCUCUCCUUACAGUCAAAUAUUUCCCAGUUCUGAAGAGAUGUCUAGCUCACUAUAACCCAGACGCUCACUAUAUCAAAGGCAUCCUCCGUUACUUCCUCCUUAACCAAUCCACUGUUGGACUCCACCAUUUAGAUGUAGCAGCUGAUGCCGGAAAGAAAGACGCAAUCUACCUCUAUGCGAUUCUUCUAUUGUGCAGGGACAUGAUUGCAGAAGGGAAAACAUAUCUAAAUCAGCUAAAGUGGGAGGAGAAUACAGACAUUGUCGAUGCCUGCUGGAAAAGUAUCAAAACCUCAUCGCAAGGGAUUAGAGUGGGGAGAAAGAGAUGUUAUUUGGUUUCUCUUGAGAAGAUGAAGCCAUACAACUUCUGUCACCUAAACGACCUAGACACUACAUGUGCGGAGUGUUUCUACUACAAAAAGAUGAAAAAGUUUAUCUACAUUAUAUAA